GCUUCCCCAGCUGUCACCCAUUUGCUGUCUCCAACUUUCCUGCCACCUUCAUCCUUGCUUCCCUUCCUGGAGAGGGUGGACAGUGGCUCAUCAGCCAGCACCCUGGACUCCUUCCCUCCCUCACCCCAUGGGACUGGCCCCAAGACUGUGGCUCCUUGGGCCACAAGCUCCUUUCCAGCCCUGACUGUGGAGUUUACAUCUGACUGUGAUCCUCCGUGUUCUUUCUGAUGAUGUGCCACGGCUCCUCCCUCCUGGGAGCUGGCUCCAUAACUUGAUUUUCCCCAAAAGUGGCACAAUCCUUGCUGUCCCUUGCUAGCUACACAGGCCGCCCUGGGUGUGGCGUGGGCAUGAGUGUAGAGGACGGAGGUGCUCCAGGCCUGGGCCGUCCCAGGCAGGCCCGCUGGACCCUGAUGCUCCUCCUGUCCACAGCCAUGUAUGGUGCCCAUGCCCCGUUGUUGGCACUGUGCCAUGUAGAUGGCCAAGUGCCCUUCCGACCCUCCUCGGCCGUGCUGCUGACUGAGCUGACCAAGCUGCUGUUGUGCACCUUCUCCCUCCUGGUGGGCUGGCAAGCAUGGCCCCGGGGGACCCCAUCCUGGCGACAGGCUGCCCCCUUCGCAUUAUCAGCCCUGCUCUAUGGCGCUAACAACAACCUGGUGAUCUAUAUUCAACGUUACAUGGACCCCAGCACCUACCAGGUGCUGAGCAAUCUCAAGAUCGGAAGCACGGCCCUAUUCUACUGCCUCUGCCUCCGGCACCGACUCUCUGCACGCCAGGGCUUUGCACUGCUGCUGCUGAUGGCAGCGGGGGCGUGCUAUGCAGCUGGUGGCCUCCAGGACCCUGGGAACACCCUUCCCGGGCCCCCUCAAGCAGCUGCAGCUGGCCCCACGCCCAUGCAUAUCACUCCACUAGGACUGCUCCUCCUCGUCUUAUACUGCCUCAUCUCGGGCUUGUCAUCUGUGUACACAGAGCUGCUCCUGAAGCGACAGCGGCUGCCCCUGGCCCUUCAGAACCUCUUCCUCUACACUUUUGGUGUGCUCCUGAACUUAGGUCUGCAUGCAAGUGGCGGCCCCGGGCCAGGCCUCCUGGAAGGUUUCUCAGGAUGGGCGGCGCUCGUGGUGCUGAGCCAGGCACUGAACGGACUGCUCAUGUCCGCUGUCAUGAAGCACGGCAGCAGCAUCACACGCCUCUUUGUGGUGUCCUGCUCACUCGUGGUCAACGCCGUGCUCUCAGCAGCCCUGCUGCGGCUACAGCUCACAGCUGCCUUCUUCCUGGCCACGCUGCUCAUUGGCCUGGCUGUGCGCCUGUACUAUGGCAGCCGCUAGCCCCUGCCCACCCCCACCCUGACUCCUGACCCCGUAGAUUGGGUACCACCAUCGGAGCCAUCUCCCAGCCCCACCGCAGCCCGCUUCAACAACCCUGUAACAAGUGCCUUGUGAGAAAAGCUGGGGAAGUGAGAGCAGCCAGGUUAGUCUCUGGAGGUGAGUGGAUGAAGGCGUACUCCUGGGAGAUGUGUAGAGUAGGUUUGGUUAAGGAAACUCUUAACCACGCCCCCAAGUUCUUCCAGACUUAAGUAAUGGGGGGAGCAUCAGUACCUAAGCCUGAGAAAUGACCCCAUCCCUGAUGGAAGAGGUUCCCUGCCUCACUCUGCAUGAAUGCAGUUGCUUAAAAUGGGAUGUGGGCAACAGUUGGUUUUCCUUGCAUACGGUGGUCACCCCAGCAGACCCACUGCCUGCAGGCCUGGUAUUGGCUGCCUCAGCCCAGCCAUGGUGCAUGACUCCCCCAUAAAGGAUACUUGCUCCCCACCCCCUACAGAAAAGCCCAAUUGCCACAGCUUCCACACCCAUCACCCCAGCCAUUCUCUGCCAAGCUUCCCUAGCUCCAGCAGCUCCUGGAGACAGUGCCCGCUGCUCCCUCCACAGUGCUGCUCUCCACACCCAGCCUUUGUUCUGGAAAUCCCAGAGGGGCUGGGGCUUGACUCAUCUCAGGGAAUGUUGCCCCUGGGCCCUGGCUUAAGCCUACACUCCUGACCUCUCUGUUCACCCAAAGGCCCUCUUGAAUUCCAGUGUCCCCUCUACAGCUCCUAGGAGGUACCAUCCUUCCCACUCUGGGUCCUGCCCCACCUAGCAGUGACCCAGCUCCCAACAGCCACGAAAGCUCUACACAGAGUGACCUGGGACCAGGCACAGAGAAACUUGCAUAACUCAAUCAGUGUCUCUAACUGCAUAAGCAAUAAGGUCUUAAUAAAGCAUUCUGGGGUGUAGGUGGUUCCUACAAUCAGUUAUGAUUGUCCUGUGUCUUCUGUGGUGCAUAGCUCUUCUCAAACAAUUUUGUUUCCCCUGGUGCCCUGAGUAUCUUAGUCCUGGGGCAACAUAAACUAGGAGGAAAGGCUGUUUUCUCCCCACUGUUGUCAGCAGCUGCAUUCCCUUUGACAGCUCCUUGGAGCCAAGCUGUUCUCUCACAGCUUUUGAAAUUUUCCUGAAGCACAAAAUUUGGGUGCUAGGGAAUUUAGAGGGAGUCUUGGGAAUAGAAGGUGCUAGGCCUAGCAGGACAAACUAGACUAUAGGCUAGAGAACUUGUGAGGACUCAAAGUGGUUGAUCUCAUUUCCUCUGGAUCCUUCACUGAUAUUUCUGCCUAUUAUUUGCUCUCAAGGCCAGAGGAAUGUCAGGCCCUGCUCCUGUGGUAGAAUACCAGGGAAGCUUGUUUAAAAAAAAAAAAAAAAAAAAAGUCCCAGACCUAUUGAA